CCCAUCCCAUGCACUAUAAAUAUGAAGCAUUGAAGCGUUAACUUCCUCACAAGAAUCGUAAAUACUACAAUUUCACUUUCAUCAAUUAAUCACCAUAAACCUUUGAGUGAUAUGGCUGAGACACUUGUUUCUAUAGCUCUGCAACAGCUAGCCAAAAUCACAGAAAAAGAAGUUAAGCGUGUAACGGGUGUAGAAGAAGACAUUGAAAAGCUUGCAAGCAAUUUCAGAUUCAUACAAGGAGUGCUAGUUGAAGCAGAAAAAAUGGAAUUUGAAAAUGCAACAAUCAAGCAAUGGUUAGAUAACCUCAAAGACGUGUCCUAUGCCAUCGACGACGUGCUUGACGAAUGGAGCACCGCCAUUGCUAAAGAACAGACAGAAGAAGAUGGUGAAUAUGGUCAUAGUUGUUUAGAUAGGCAACUCCUUCACUUCCCCGUUAUCAAACAAGUAUGUUCAUUUUUCCCAUCUUAUUGCUUUUCUUGCAAUGAAAUCUGUUAUCGAUAUGAUACUGCUAGUGAAAUUAAGAAACUAAAUGUAAGAUUAGAUGAAAUUGCCGAGGAGAAAAAGAGGUAUUUUGAUCCAACAAAAGCCAAUGAACAAGUUGUUAGAAGACUUGUCGUUACCUCCGCUGUUGAUGUUUCUGAAGUAAAGGGUAGAGAGGAGGACAAAAAUGCAAUUAUAAAAAUGUUAAAAGAUGCAAGAUCAAACCCUCAAGUAGUCUCUAUUGUAGGGAUAGGAGGAUUGGGAAAAACUACUUUAGCCAAACUUGUUUACAAUGAUAGUGAAGUGGAAAAGCUGUUUGAGAGUAGAAUUUGGGUGUCUGUGUCAACACCCUUUGAUGCGAUUAAGAUAGCAAAAGCAAUUCUUGAAAUUCUGACUGAUACAGCCCCUCUUUUGGUUGAGUUUGAAGCUAUAAUGCAACAAAUACAAAAAUUACUUAGAGGGAAAAAGUUUAUACUUGUUCUUGAUGAUGUGUGGGAAGAUGGACCCAGUAAGUGGGACCAAAUGAGACUCUCUUUCAUCUCUGCUUCCUUUGGAAGUAGUAUUUUAUUGACCACACGUAAUGAAAUUGUUGCAGAGAAUAUGGGUUGCAGUAGAGAGAACGUAUACCAACUAGGAAGAUUGUCUCUUGAGGAUUGUUGGUCAAUAUUUAGUGAAAUUGCAUUCUUUGAAAAGAAAAAUGAAAAUAGAGGGCAAUUAGAAGCUAUUGGUAGGGAAAUUGUAAAGAAAUGUGAUGGUUUACCUUCAGCUGCAAAAACUCUAGCGAGUCUUCUGCGGCUGAAAGAUUCAUGGCAAGAAUGGGAUAGCGUAUUGAAAAGUGAGGUAUGGGAAUUAGAAGAGGUAUGGGAAAAAGGAACAGACACACAAAGUGGUUUUGCCUCUUUAUGGUUGAGCUAUUAUAACUUAGUUUCAGAAUUGAGACCUUGUUUUUCAUUGUGUGCUAUCUUUCCUAAAGACUAUGUGAUUAAAAAAGAUGAAUUGAUUCGAUUGUGGAUGGCUCAAGGUUAUCUUAGGCAAACAUCUGUAGAUGAUAUGGAAAGAAUUGGUGAAAAAUACUUCCAGAACCUAGUUGCACUUUCUUUCUUUGAAGAUUUCAGGAAAAAUGAUUAUGGUGGUGUAAUAAGUUGUAAAAUGUGUGACAUAGUGCAUGAAUUUGCUCAGUACAUAAGAAAGAAUGAAUGUUUUAGUAUAGAGGUCAAUGAUCAUGAAGAUUUGAGGACAGAAACUCUUGGUAAAGAAAUUCGCCAUUUAAGGUUAAUGCUUGGGAAAGAAAUGUCAUUUCCAAUAUCCUUCUAUAAGCUAAAGAAUCUUCGCAGUCUCUGGAUUCAAUGUAAAGGGAAUUCAAAGAUUGGAGCUGCCUUGCCUAGUAUAUUUAGUGGAUUAACUUGUUUGAGAACCUUAAACCUGUCAAACUGUAACAUAUCAGAAAUUCCAUCCACCAUAGGUAAACUUAUCCAUUUAAGACAAAUUGACUUGUCUUAUAACAAGGACUUGAAGGAGUUGCCUGAACCCUUGUGCGAAUUAUACAAUUUACAAACCUUGAACAUCAAUUGGUGUGUCAGGUUAGUAAAACUGCCUAGCGGUACGGAAAAGCUAAUCAGCUUGAGGCAUUUGAAUAAUAUAGGUUUUGAAGGAGCUUUACCAAAAGGAAUAAGGAGACUAACUUGUUUAAGGUCAUUAGACCGGUUUAAUAUCGGACAAGACAAUCACCAAGAAUGUUCUCUUCAAGAUUUGAGCUAUUUAACAAACCUUCAAGGUUACUUGAGUAUAAGGGGGUUAGAAAAUGUAGCUGAUGUUGGCGAGGCGAAGCAAGCAGAGCUGAAUAAAAAGACAGGAGUGAAUCCUUUAGAACUCUGGUUCGGUAGAGGGGAUGUAGAAUGGAGAAAAGCUCAUGAUAGCAAAUUAAUGGAUGGUCUACAGCCAACUCCAUAUCUGCAAGAAUUGAGAAUAUAUGAUUAUCAAGGCAUUACAGUUUUUCCUAGUUGGAUGAUCUCUUUAACUAAUUUGAAAAGGCUUUUGCUUACAAAUUGUAGAAAUUGUAAGCAUUUGCCUCCACUAGGGAGACUGCCUUAUCUUGAAUUUCUUCGAAUAUGGGGUAUGGAUGGAGUGAAAAGGGUAGGUAAUGAGUUCUUGGGAAUAGGAACUCAGUCUUCCUCAUCAUCUUCAGUUGCUAUUGCAUUCCCUAGACUGAUAAAACUGCGGUUUGUUCGAAUGCGGAGUUGGGAAGGGUGGGUGGAUGAGUUCAGCAGAAACGGAGAUAGUACUAGCACAACAAUAAUGCCAAAGCUUCAGACUUUGUCAUUUGCUUGGUGUCCAAAGCUGAAGUCAGUACCAGACCAAAUUCUGAGAAAGGAAACAUUAAAGGAGCUAAUAUUAACUUGCUCUCCUUUUCUGCAACAAUGCUACCAGAAGGAUUGGAACAAAACUUCUCACAUUCCUAAGAUCAAAUUUUGGAACUUCGGAGAGAAACGGCUGAUUAAACUGCUAGAGGAGAGAGGACUGAUUAAUGAUCUUUAAUUUGCGGGGAAGUAAAUUUCUCUGGAUAUCAAUAAGGAGGCUUGAAUUUCAGCAGACUGUUUUUGUAAGGUAGGACCCUGAAAAGAAAAGAUAGUCAGCAAACUCUGAAACGAGAUUAUCUUAUGCCCAGAAAGAGUGUUGAGAUAAUCAUUGAAAAAUAAAAGUUCCUCUGUUGUGUAUUUUGCUAUAUCUUUUUCAUUAGUAUACUUUUUCUCAUUUUCUAA